UGUUCUUCCAUGAACACGGAAUGAUGCUUUUUCUGAAACAGAAAUAAUGGCCAGUUAUGCGGAAGCUAUUAGUGCAAUGAGGCUGCGGAUUCAACUUCAUCGGCAGCUUUCUUUUCAGUUCAUCGGUUUCGUCGUGCCGGAAAAUGAUAAGGUUCUUUCCGACAUCAAUUCAUCGCUUAUAUUCGUGUCUACUUCUUCGGAAGUCGAUCCACGUAUCUGGAACUCUUCAAUGGAAGUUCCGGGACGAAUUGAAGCUGAACCGAUCGGAUUUGGUUGAUCGAAUCUCUCGUCUUCUAGUUCUUCGACGAGUCGAUGCCCUCGCCAAGCUUUCCUUUAGUUUUUCCGAUGAAUUGAUGGAUUCAGUGCUUCGCAAUCUCAGAUUAAAUCCUUAUGCUUGCUUGGAGUUCUUUAAAUUGGCUUCUAGUCAACAAAAAUUCAGACCGAAUAUCAAUUCCUAUUGCAAGAUUGUUCACAUACUAUCACGGGCCCGAAUGCAUGAAGAGGCUAGGGUGUACUUGAAUGAACUUGUGGUUCUAUGCAAGAACAAUUACACCGCGUGUGUAGUAUGGGACGAGCUUGUGAGGGUUUAUAAAGAAUUUUCGUAUUCUCCUACGGUUUUUGAUAUGAUUUUGAAGGUUUAUGCCGAGAAGGGAAUGACAAAAUUUGCACUGCGAGUGUUUGACGAUAUGGGGAAGUGUGGUCGUGUUCCAAGUUUGAGGUCCUGCAAUAGUUUGUUGAGUAAUUUGGUCGAAAACGGAGAAACAUCCAGGGCUCUGCUUGUUUAUGAACAAAUGAUUGCAUUAGGCGUCCUUCCCGACAUUUUUAGUUACACAAUAAUGGUGAAUGCAUACUGUAAGGAAGGAAGAGUGGAUGAAGCGUUCGAAUUUGUGAAAGAAUUGGAGAGGUCAUGUUGCGAACCGAAUGUAGUAACUUACAAUAGUUUGAUUGAUGGAUAUGUCAGUCAAGGAGAUGUUUUCACGGCGAAAAAGGUGUUGAAGUUAAUGUCUGAAAGGGGCGUCUCUGAAAAUUCCAUAACAUAUACUUUGUUGAUAAAAGGUUAUUGCAAGAGAGGUCAGAUGGAGCAUGCUGAGACGCUAAUCAGUUACAUGGAGGAUAAAGAAUUGUUUGUUGAUGAGCAUGUUUAUGGAGUUUUAAUUCAUGCAUAUAGUAGUGCUGGUAGAAUGGACGAUGCUCUUAGACUAAGGGAUGCAAUGCUGAAAGUAGGCUUAAAAAUGAAUACUGUAGUUUGCAACUCAAUUAUUAAUGGGUUUUGUAAGCUUGGUCAUGUUAAAAAAGCAGCAGAACUGUUGGUUGGUAUGAAAGAUUGGGACCUGAGACCAGAUUCUUGUAGCUAUAACACUCUUCUAGAUGGGUUUUGUAGACAAGAAAAUUUCAAUGAAGCUUUCAAACUUUGUAAUGAGAUGCACGAAAAAGGAGUUAAUAUGACUGUUGUGACUUAUAAUAUGCUUCUCAAGAGUUUUUGCCAUGCUGGUUAUGCUGACCAUGCCCUACAGAUUUGGAACUCAAUGCAGAAAAGAGGCGUGGCACCGGAUGAGGUUAGUUAUGGUACACUUUUAGAUGCAUUUUUCAAAGUAGGCGCUUUCGAUAAAGCUAUGAUGAUGUGGAGGGUCGUACUGUCGAGGGGUUUUGCAAGUAGUACAACUCUUUAUAAUACCAUGAUCAAUGGCUUUUGUAAGAUGGGGAAACUAAUGGAAGCACAAGAGAUUUUUCUUAUGAUGAAGGAACUAGGCUGUCCAUCUGAUGGAAUAACAUAUAGAACUUUAAUUGAUGGAUAUUGUAAAGUUGGAAAUAUGGUAGAAGCCUUAAAAUUGAAGAACAUGGUUGAACGAGAGGGAAUCGGCGUUUCCAUUGAAAUGUACAAUUCUCUUAUUACUGGUGUUUUCAAAUCUGAAGAAUUACACAAAUUGAGUGGUCUUCUAGCUGAGAUGGCGGACCGGGAUCUAUCUCCCAAUGUCGUAACUUAUGGCUCACUUAUAGCAGGUUGGUGUGACAAAGGGAGGAUGGACAAAGCAUAUAGUGCAUACUUUGAGAUGAUCAACAAAGGGAUUGCACCAAAUAUUAUUAUUGGCAGCAAAAUUGUCAGUAGUCUAUAUCGACUUGGUAAGAUCGAUGAAGCAAGUUUGAUUUUGCAUCAAAUGGCAGAUAUUGAUCCUGUUGUAGGUCGUUCAUGUUCUAUGGAAUUGACCAAGUCUGGUCCAAGACAUCUUCAAACACAGAAAAUUAUGGAUUCUUUUGGCUCAAAUGCCACGAGCAUCCCUCUGUCAAACAAUAUCAUAUAUAAUGUUGCAAUUGCAGGGCUAUGCAAGUCUAAGAAGGUUGAUGAUGUUAGAAGAAUCUUGUCCGAUCUGUUACUUCGAGGCUUUCAUCCCGAUAAUUACACAUUUUGUUCCCUAAUCCAUUCAUGUUCUGUUGCUGGUAAAGUCGAAGAAGCCUUUUGUUUAAGAGAUGACAUGAUAAAGGCAGGUCUUGUUCCUAAUAUUUAUGUGUAUAAUGCUCUUAUAAAUGGUUUAUGCAAGUCGGGUAAUCUCGAUCGAGCUCUGAGCCUAUUCCGUAAACUCCCUAGGAAGGGCUUAUCACCCACUGUAGUUACAUACAAUACUCUGAUUGAUGGAUAUUGCAAGGCUGGUAGAACAGUUGAGGCUUUUAAACUGAAGGAAAGAAUGACUGAAGAAGGCAUUUCUCCCUCAUCUGUGACCUAUUCCACCUUGAUACACGGGCUCUGUAAGCGAGGGGAUAUUGAGCAAUCUGUGGGGCUUUUGAAUGAAAUGAUCAAGGCAGGUAAAGACUCGAGCACAUUGGAUUCACUUCUGGUUCGAGUUUACGUCAAAUGGAGAGACAAGCAGAAGACAUCGGAAUCGAAUGGCUUAACCGAUGUCCAAUCCAUGGCGCUACAUCGAGCUUGAGUCGACAACGACAUAAUGGAAAAUUGAGAAAUCUUUGUAAUGUAUACGGAAUAAAUUGAGAAUUGGGCGUUAUCACGUAUUCGAGGACAAUGUGGUCAAUUCACACACAUUAUCCCCUUUCACCUGCUCACCA